ACGGCGAAGGGAGAGCGGGGCACGAGGUUUAUGCGGGAUCACACGGGAGGACGAGGAUCGCCUACGAUGCCGACGAGCCUCGUUGGUGUAAGGUUUACCUGUUGAUAAUCGGCACUCGGCGCGACGUGAGAGAACGACAAAUCGGAACGAAAUUCGUCUGGCGGUUUACUCACAGUGAGCCGGACACGCGUCGGUUCUCCAUCGCGGCGGUGAACAUUUUCAUACAAGAAACAGGCGCGUGCAGAAGCGAAUACGCGCCCGCGUUCCGCGUGCAUUGAUGAGCGGAAAACAAGAGUUGUCAUUACAGUACGCACGUAGCCCGGACUGGACCCGCGAUGCUUCUCGGUCGCGCGCGCGGAUUCUAGACGGUACGCUCGGUUGAUCCCGAAAAUUUUCCCGGCGAUCGUUCGACGACGACGACGACGACGACGACGACGGCCAGUAAUCCCAUCUCGUCUUCUCCGAGGACGAAAAUGUCAUGAAACUCAGCGUUCCUUGGAACUCCGCCUGGAACACGGCUGUCCCUUAGUUCUUUCUUUGCGAAACAAAGAUCGAGGUCUUUCAGAGAGAGAGGAUGGCGAUACGAAUCACGUUGGAGUGUGGACACUCUUCCACGCUGCGCGAGUGUGUCACCUCCAAGGGAUACACUCAUGAUUGGAAAGUAUUUGUACGAGGAGUGAAUGAUGCUGGGAUACAUCAUUACAUUGACAAAGUGGUAUUUCUUUUACAUAAUACUUUUAAUAAUCCUAAGAGAGUAUUGAAAGAACCACCAUUUAUGGUAGAAGAAUCUGGCUAUGCGGGUUUUAUAAUGCCGAUUGAAAUUUAUUUAAAAAAUAAAGAUGAACCCAAGAAGUUUCAAAUAUCAUAUGAUCUUCAUCUACAGAAGACUGGCCCAACUAUUAAUAAAGUUAUACGUCACGUUGAAGUGAUUCGUAAUCCUUCUGAUGAUUUUAGGAAAAAACUAUUGAAAGGUGGUGCUGUCGCAGUAUCUAGUAGAGAUGGUUCAUUAGAGAAAAGUGAUACAAAAACAUCCACAAUGGUUGGCAAACCAAAACUGAAUGGCAGCGAAACCAAAAAGCAUCGCAUCACUGAAUCUAAAACUUCUAACUCAUUUCAUGAUUUAUUUGGUCCUCCAAUAAAGACAGCACCUGCGAAGAUAUCACCAGAAAGCAAAAAGACAAGUCAGUCUGAUAAAAAUUCAGUUCCUAAACCAGUAAUUGUUACUGAAAAAUCUGACAAAGUAGACAAAACAAUUAAAGCGAAAGAAAGUCCUCAUAAAGAUAGUCGAAAAGAUAAGAUAGAUGAAAAGAAAGAUAAGAAGGUUAGAGAUAGUUCUAAAGAUUCUCUCAAAAGUAAAGAAAAAUCUAAGAGACCUCCUAGUCCUGGAAGUAAAAGUCAUUCGAGUCCUGGAAGCAAGAGACCAGCAUCACCUGUCCCUACAAAGAAGCCAUUAAGUCCUCCUUCAUUGACGAAACGACCUUUGUCUCCGAAACCAAAAGAAAAGGAAGCGAAAAAGAUUGUACUGGACAAAGAGAAAGAUAGUAAAGAGAAGGAAAGGAUAAAAAAUAAUUCCAGGAGUGAUGUAGAUUCAAAAUCUGAGAAGAAGAAGGACAAGAAGAAACACAAAGAUGAUAGAGAUAAAGAAAGAAAGGAUAAGUAUAAAGAAGUAGAGAAAGGUAAUGUUAAAGAUGCUACAAAAAUAAUUGAGAAGAAACCUGAUAAAACGGAUAAAACGGAGAAAUCAGACAAGGAGAAAUCACAAGAGUACAAAUCGUCAAAAGAUGGCAGAAAAUCUCCAAAACCUGGGAAAGAAAGUGACAAGGUGAAGGAUGAUAAAGCAAUCAGAGAGAAGUCAGAGAAGAGUGAGAAAUCUGACAAAGUGAAAGACGGUAAGGUAGACAAAGACCGACAAAAACAUAAACACAAGAAAAGAGACAAGAAGGAUAAAAGAGAUAGUAAAGACAGAGAGAAAAAGGAAAAGCGCGAAAGAAGCAAGGAUGGGAGCGAGAAACAAAAUACACCUUCACUAGUCGGGAAUCCGUUGUCGUCUCUUUUGACCGAGGUUCCGGAAAGUAGUGAUUCAGCACCUUCGGUAGACGAUGAUUCAUUGUCUGAAAGCAAACCUAUACUUAAUAUCAAAAAGGAACCAGAGCAUACAGUAAUGACCCUGCCAAUAGAAUCUGCAAAGCCACUUUCCCCUGGUAUAUCAGUAGAGAUGAAGAAAGAGAAAAAUGAUCGUAGCAGAAAAGAUAAAUCCAAAGGGAGCAGAGGUGAGGAUAGGGAAAGUCGGAAAAGAAAGCGAAGCAAAGAAGACGAUGAAAUUUCGGUGAAACGUGAAAAGAGGGAGGAAUCGGCUUCUCCACCGUUAGAGCCAGUUUCGUCGAGUCAAUCUCCAGUCGUGAUGGACGUUGACCCAGUCCAUCAUUCGGACAAGGAGAUAAAGAAAGAAUUGAAAAAGGAAAAGGAUGAUCGUGUUGUUAAUGUAGCUGACCAGGGAUUAAAUGACAAAGACAAUGAGACUGACGCUGAACAGGUAGCUCCAGAUUCUACCAACAGUACCGAUGCCGAGAUCAACGAGCCACCAGUAUUUUCCGAGGAUUACGUAUCACAACUGAAGGAUCUGCAACACAAGAUAAUGACAUUGCAAGACAAUGACGAGCUGCAAAGAGUCGUGCAAGUAAUCGCAGAGACUGGUCAAUACGAAAUCACGAAGAAGACGUUCGACUUUGAUUUGUGCGCAUUGGAUCGCAGAACUGUGCAGCGCCUUCAGCAGUUUUUUUCUGCAUCGUGACCGUCUGUAGUAUAAGGCAUGCCGUAUUAGCUUAUCUAGGUACUUGUGCAAGAUACAUAAGUUAUGUGAUCUUGUGAGAGAGACUACAUUUUUUUUAAUGAUAAAGAAAGUAAUACAUAAAACCCCAGAAGAAUUUUCGAGUACGCUUUUCAGUUUGAUCAUCAUUGCAAUAACUUAUGCAGAUCAUUGCAAUAACUUAUGCAGAUUAGGAAUGUUUGCAGUAAUUCGUGCAGAUUAAAGACUCGUGAUAGUAAAUAUAAUACGCAAAAUAUAUUUUUUUAGUUCUUUUUUAAACAUUUCUUAAAUAAUUAUCAGCAAUUGCUGCGACAAUGUAUUGGCAAAAUCUGGCGAAGUUUGUCAAGGAAAUAUAGCAGAUAUCAAAUCUGUAAUAUAGCGCCAAUUAAUAGUAGAAAUCGGAUAGAGAACCUUUCAAAUAUUUACAUAUUCUGAUUUGUAGCAGAUAGACGGCAAAAAUCGAACAGAAUCUGUCUCUAAUUGUCUUCAUACUGCGUUUGAUAGAUUUUGCUUGCAAUAGAUAAUUUUCGCUG